GCUGAGCAGACAACUGGUUGUGAGUAGUAGAGACGGAGCAACGCGAUCGUUCGCGUCGUCGAAUAUAAAGCGUCGAACCGCAUUCGAUCUUUGAGAGAAAAACGCGGGUUCCAAAAGACACCGAAACCGGGGAAAUUCGCGACGACGAAUUCACCGAGGGUAGUAAAAAGCCCCGCGAGCAUUCUCGUCGGCCAAUAUUCACUAUUAUCGACGAAUUUCUACAUCGCUCCGAGCUGUCAAACGCUCGGUUUAUUUUCGGAGCUAUUCUCGGCGGCUGCAUUCGAGACACUCUUCAUUCCCGAUCGGAAAACUCGUGCAAAUUUCAUGUCAACAUCCAACGAGCGAAAGGGGGAUAGAGAGAGCUUGCGGCUGUUACGAGUGCGGGAAUAACGCGCGAAAUUUGAAUCGCCGAACGGGAACAGUUCUGUUUUUGUUUUCGUUGUUGUUGGUCUUGUGCUUCACUCUGGACUCUGAAAUUUCUUCCGCCAUCCGAACGUGACAAUUGACAAGUGUGUUUUAACCGCUUAAUAAUAUGUAAUGUUUCCCUCGUCAACCCGGGUCGACUCCAGGGUUUUUUUCGGUUUUUAAAACUGUCCGAUCUCGAGAUGGUUUCCACGCUCUUCAAACUUGCAAUUUGCUUCCUGAUCCUUCGCCAAGGCGCGGGCAACUUCAACUUGUUCCUGAGCCAGGCAGAGGUUCGAAAACUAAUGGGGCUUCAGGCCGAGCUUUACUACGUUCGCAGCGGUGUAAUCAACGAGUAUGCAAUGACGUUCGUGGUCCCGGUACCAGCGCAGGUUCACAAGCUGCACUUUACAUGGGAAAGUCUAGCAGGUAGACCGCUACCUUAUACAAUGUCGGUGAACAUCAGCAACCCGUCGGCGUUAACCAGUUCCUUGAACGUCUCUCAAGUUGGUGAAAUUCCGAUAGGCGGAGUGCAAACUUGGGCCUUGUCUCUAAACUGUGGGCCAUACGACGCAGAGGUUGAUCUUGCGCUUCGCAUCGACGUUUCGCGGUCUCGUUAUAACACAACGAGCGUAGUUCUUCGCCGGAAGAAAAUAUGCCUGAAGGAUAACGGGUAUCCCGGGCCGGAAGAAGUCCUCGUUGCUGCCCCCGGGUCCAGUUCCAGUGGCCAGAUAUUUUACGCCUCCAUAGGCUGCGCUUGCGCCUUCGUUGCGGCCAUAUGUGUUCUCGUCAUCGCGUACUAUGUGAGGGACAAGAAGACCCGAAGACAUAGAGAUCCUCUGCAAGAGUCACGGGGCCUCAGCUCUGCCUGCAGCGUAGAAAGGGGCGCGGGUGUUGGUCCAGCUCAGACCUUCUUACCUCCGGAAACACCCCCGCCUUUGUCGGCUGCUUCAACCUCCAGUUACAGGAGAUUGGACGACAGACCCAGCCGAGAACUGCACGAAAGGAUCCAGGAGAUAACCGUUCAAAGGUGCAGAGUUCGCCUACUGAGCAUCGAACUUGAGGGCACUUUUGGUCGAGUAUACAGGGGCAGCUAUCACGAGGAAGGCGCUCAGGCGCCGAGGGACGUUCUCGUCAAAACUGCCGCCGAACACGCCUCUCAAUCACAGGUCGCUUUGUUGCUUCGCGAGGGUUUGGCUUUAUACGGACUCAGUCAUUCGGCACUGCUCCCAGUCUUGGGUGUCUCCAUUGAAGACAGAGGCGCGCCGUUCCUCUUGUAUCCGCACACCGGCUACAGGAACAUGAAGAGGUUUUUGGUCAGAUGCAAAUUGAGCAGCGAAGGCCCCCCCAGAGCUCUUACUACUCAGGGUGUUGUAGAGAUGGCUCUACAGGCUGCCAAAGGUGCUCAGUACCUCCACAAGAAACGCCUCGUGCACAGAGACUUGGCCGCGAGAAACUGCGUAGUGGACGACGACUUGAGAGUCCAGAUAACGGACAACGCUUUGGCCAGAGAUUUGUUUCCUCAGGAUUACCAUUGCCUGGGUGACAAUGAAAACCGUCCUAUCAAAUGGCUAGCCAUAGAAAGUCUGACAAACAAAACAUUUACAACUGCUUCAGACGUGUGGGCCUUUGGCGUUCUUCUAUGGGAGUUGACCACCCUGGCACAACAGCCGUACGUCGAAGUCGAUCCCUUCGAAAUGGCCGCGUACCUGAGGGACGGAUACAGAUUGGCGCAGCCGAUAAAUUGUCCGGAUGAGCUUUUCGCCGUGAUGGCAUACUGCUGGGCGAUGUCCGCUGACGAGAGGCCGACUUUCAGCCAGCUAAUUGUGUGCCUGCAGGAUUUUCACACGCAACUGACGAGAUACGUCUGAGUCGACAACGAAGGGGGAAAUAGGAGAGUUGAAAAACGCAGAAGAAUAAAACGAAAACAAUAAUCAAUAACAAAUGUACAAAUUUAGUUUGAUUCCGAGAAAUCUCAACACGUAUUGCUGUAUGAACUAUAUAUCUGUAAAUAUUUUUUUUCGACUAGUGUCUGUUGUAAUUUUGUAACGAAUAACUAAUUGCCGGGUCUACUUUAAGGGGCGAAGAAGUCCAGAUCUGAUUAUCAGCUUGCCGGGCGUCAAUUGACCCUGAAACUCAGGGUUAAAUCGAAGAAUGUCUAAGUUAUCGAGAAAACGUCCAAGAAUGUGUCGGUAAAAUCGAAAGUCGUGAAUAAACGAUAGACGAUAGAUGUCACGAUUAAAGCCGGGUUUGUAGAGUUCCAGUUUUGUGUUGUCUUUCUGUACAUACGAACCACAGUGAAGUUCAGUUUUAAAUCGAAAGUGACAAUGAUUCGCGGUUGUUAUACUUAAUUUAGAAUUGUAACAUAACUAAACGAGAUUAAAGAGACUAAACAAGUAUACAGUAUGCUCAUAUUCUUCCAAAAUUUUCCGCGAACUAUUAUACUUGAAGGGAAAUACUAACAAUAAAAGACGGUAUUCCUAAACAAAGGAAUUUGAGACGGAUUGGAAAAUUGACUUUCAAGUUUCAGUUGACGCUCUGGUCUCGAUGCGAUCAGAGAGAAAACAAUUCUUCGUUGAUUGUAACUAUCGCUACGCUUACGUGCGCAGAAUUGUAUGCAACUGACUAUUAAAUUCCGUAUCGAUCAUUAUUUGACAACACGUCCAAGGCCAAGAUUUUCACGCGAUGAGAAAAGAUAAGUUAUGUUACAGGGGGAAAAAAAUUAGCAAAAGAUUGACUGCGAUCAAGUUACUAAAGCAAAUUCGGUGCCCGUGAAUUAUAAGCAUACCUAUGAUAUACGUAUACGUAAUUAAAUUAAGGAAAAGAAAGAAAACAUUUUUGCUGUUGGCAAUUCAUCACUGCCAAUAUUUUGCAAAUUUAUUUUAUUAUUCCUGAAAUUUGAAGAGAGUAGAUAAUAAAAGAAAAUAUACAGUUCAGACUAGAUUACAGAUGUGUAUAUGAGAAUUUUGUAUACCACUUUGCUCGUGAAAAAAAAAAUGAAAAAAAAAUAUGAACGUUCGAUGUGCCAAUUUUUGUAUUUUUGUAUAUAUUUAUUAUAACCUAAAUACCUUUGUAAAUAGAUAAAUACAUACUAUAACUUUACAUGUACUAAACAACAUAACUACACGAUGAU